ACCGAGUGCAGAACAUCUCCCAGCCACCAGUCCUCACAGAGACGCCUGAAUCACUCACGGCCUUUUCCCCAGAAGACAUCAACCUGCCCUGUGAGGCCUCCGGGAAACCCACGCCCACUUUCCGCUGGGUGAAGGACGGCGAGGCGUUUGGCCCAGAGCGGGAGGACUCGGGGACGCUGCGAGCUGAAGACGACGUUCCUCUGAGCUCGUAUGAAGGCGUGUAUCGCUGCUACGCCUCCAACAGCCUGGGCACCGCCGUCACGCACAGCGUCCAGGUCAUCGUGGAGGCUCAGCCGGUCCUUCCUAAACAACAGAAGGUCCAUAAGAGGGGGAAGGAGGGCGAGAGCAUGAUGCUGACCUGCACCCCCCCGGAGAGCUCCACCCCCCCCAACAUCCACUGGAUGGACAAGAGGAUGGUGCACAUCAAGCAGAGCGACAGGGUGACGGUGGGCCUCGAUGGGAACCUUUACUUCUCCAACCUCCUGAAGAACGACAGCAGAGACGACUACAUCUGCAACGCCCAGUACUUCACCGCCGGGACCAUCCUCCCUGAUACUGCAGUCAGACUCACGGUGCAGGCUAGUAAUGAUGUGGCCCAUGGCAGGAAGCCUCACCUGUUUCGUCCCCAGGGGUCCCACACCUCCCUGCUCGCCCUGAGAGGACACAGCAUCGUCCUCGAGUGUAUCCCUAAAGGCCUACCGACCCCAAAGGUGGAGUGGACGAAGAAGGACGGCGCUCUGGAGAGGACCGGCGGCCGCGAGGACCACUUCGGACGCCGGCUCCACUUCGACAGCAUCAGCGAGGAAGACGACGGAGAAUACGAGUGCCGAGCCUUCAACGAGCACGGAUCCACGUCGCACCGCUUCACCAUCAGCGUGGAAGCUUCUCCAUACUGGGUGAAGCAGCCAGAGAACCUGCUCUACUCUCCAGGAGAAACCAUUCGACUCGACUGUCAGGCUGAUGGCAUUCCGACCCCGUCUAUCACCUGGAGCAUCAACGGCCAGCCACUCACAGAGGUGGACUAUGACCCCCGGCGUAGCGUGUCUGGCGGCGUGCUGAUCCUGAGAGAUGUGGAGUUUGCCGACACGGCGGUGUAUCAGUGCGAGGCCGCCAACAAGCACGGCUCCGUCCUGCUGAACACCCACCUCUACGUCGUGGAGCUUCCACCUCAGAUCCUGUCCUCUGACGGUGUUGUGUACCGGGUCAUCGAGGGUGGAGACAUCCUGCUGCGCUGUGAAUCCUUCGGCUCGCCGAGACCGCACGUCACAUGGGAGGGGGAGGACAAUGUCCCUCUGCUGUCUGACCCUCGUGUCUCACUGCAGACGGACGGGACCAUCAAACUGUCCGGCGCCAGCCUCGAGGACAGCGGCGCCUACACCUGCUCCGUCCCACUCACCAACAUCUCCAUCACGGCUUACCUGGAAGUCCUCAACCGGACGGUGAUUGUGGCAAGCCCCCAGGAUGUUCAUGUCCUCAGAGGACGCAGCACUCUGCUGGACUGCGGCUUCUACAAAGACCCCCGUCUGAUCAAGGUCCAGAUCAGAUGGAGAAAAGACGGACAGGAAGUCCAGGAAUCAUCUCCAGAUGACAAACACACCAUCUUUGGGAAUGGCACCUUAAAGGUGACAGACGUCCAAUCAGACGAUGGCGGGGUUUACUCCUGUGAGGUCAUCACUCACCUGGACCACGUGGAGGCCAGCGGCUCCAUCACUGUGGUCGCCCGGCCGGACCCCCCUACGAAUCUGUCUCUGUCUGAUAUUGAGGACCACCACCUCACUCUGAGAUGGACCCCAGGAAACCCACACAACAGCCCGGUCAUAGAGUUCGUGGUGGAGGCGCGGGAGGAGCGCCAUGCGGCGGCGGGGGCGGCGCGCUGGGAGGAGUGGAGAAGAGUCCCUGGGGGGUUCCACCACGUAGAGCUCACCCUCCAUCGGUUCUGCACCUAUCGCUUCAGGGUCAUCGCCGUCAACGCGCUGGGCGCCAGCGACGCCAGCGCGCCCUCAACAGCGUACGACACGCCGCCCGGCGUUCCUGACAGUAACCCAACGGGGGUCCGCAGUGAGUCCACUGACCCAAAGACUCUGGUCAUCACCUGGGAUGAGAUGGACAAGCGCUUCCACAACAGCCACGGCUUCCUGUACAAGGUGUUCUGGCGGAGGGCUGAUGGGGUACACUGGAACCACCAGGAUGUAACCAGUCCGCCGUUCAUGGUCAACGACACAGGGACCUACACGCCGUUUGAGAUCAAAGUCCAGGCUGUUAAUUCUCUGGGAGAAGGACCGGCACCGGAGCCGGAGAUCGGACACUCUGGAGAGGAAGAGCCGGAGGAAGCGCCGACCGGAGUCACGACGACCGUGACAAACAGCACGGUCCGAGUCGAGUGGAUCGAAGCCCAGAACGUCCGCGGUCAGCUGCUGGGAUACAAGAUCUACAUCCGGAGGCUGGGGCCACGUGGGGGUCGGGGCCGCAGGUCUCUGGGGAACCUGCACCAGGACAGAGAGAAAGAGGAGAAGUCAGAGAGGGGGAUGGACAGGAACAUGGAGAGUCGGAUGGUGGUGGUCCACGGCUUGAAGACCUCACAGGAGGUCUUGGGGCUGCAGCUGUACUCUCGCUACGAGCUGUCCCUCACAGCCUUCAACAGCAAAGGAGAGGGUCCUCCCACCCCCCCACACAGCUUUAGUACCCCUGAGGGAGCACCGGGUCCUCCUGCAUCGCUGAGUUUCGAGAGUCCUUCCGAUAAAUCCCUGAUCCUGUACUGGACUCCUCCAGAAGAGACUAACGGGGUCCUGCUGGGAUAUGUGGUGCAAUAUCGACAGGAGACAGAGACCGAGCUGCAGAUACAGAUGUUCAGCGAUCCAAGUAUGACUCACAUGGAGUUGGACUCUCUGGACCCGAGCAGACAUUACGUCUUCAACGUGAUCGCACGAACGUCCGCGGGAGAUGGACCGCCCAUCACCCGAAGGGGGGCCACCCUGCUGGAUGGAGUCCCUCCGUCCAACAUCACCAUCGUUUCCAGCAACACGUCCCUGAACCUGAGCUGGGUUCCUGGGGAGAGAGAGAGGAACCACGGCUUCGUCAUCCGCUUCCUCCGCAAGACUCCCGGGGCUCAGUGGGAGGAGUCAGAGGUGGUGAACUCCACGCAGGGCUCCUAUUGGCUGACAGGCCUCCAACCAGGGUCUCAGUACCACCUGAUGGUCCGACACGGGAACACCACGCAGUGGGAAGAUGUGACGUGGACCAUCGGCCCAGGGCCGUCGGUGAUGCCGGGGGGGUUCUCCACUCAGGGCUGGUUGAUCGGUCUGAUCAGCGCCAUCGUGUUGCUGCUUCUCAUCCUGCUCGUCCUCUGUCUCCUGAAACGCAGCCGGGGGGGCAAGUACGCAGUGAAGGACAAGGAAGAGAAGGAAGUGGACUCUGAGGCUCGGCCAAUGAAAGACGAGACCUUCGGAGAGUACAGAUCUCUGGAGAGGUGAGGAUGUUGACCUUUGACCUGCAUG